AUCGAACCCGGGUGCGGAUGCUGCCUGACUUGUGCCCGGGACCAGGGGCUUAGUUGUGGGGUGUACACCGAGGUGUGCGCCGCCGGUCUGCAGUGUUUGCCCAAACCCCGAGAGGAGAAGCCGCUACACGCCUUGUUGCAUGGUCGUGGCAUCUGUAGCCUGGCCAAGACCCAGCGCCGACCACAGCCGACCACCCCAGAGGGGGGGUCCCCCGAGACUGAGGAGCCGGCACCCGAGGGCAUGGAUGACGGCUAGGUGGACAAGCCGCCGGCGAGGAAGCACAUGAGGAUCUCCACGCACAAGGAGCAGGCGCUGAGGAAGGACCGCGAGAAAAGCCUGCGCAUCUCCAAGAUCAUCUCGUCGUCCGAGAACACGGCACAGGAGCGGCUGCAGUCGGCCUACAAACACGAGGCUGAGCUGGGUCCGUGCCGCCGGCAGAUGGACGUGGUGCUGCAGAGCCUGCGGAAGGAGGCGUACCUCAGCCCCCACGAGGUCUACAUCCCCAACUGCGACCGCAAGGGCCUCUACAAACGCAAGCAGUGCAAGCCGUCGAAGGGGAAGAGGCGUGGGCUCUGCUGGUGUGUGGACAAGCACGGCUUCAAGCUGCCUGGAUCAGACUACAUGCACCACGAUGCCCAAUGCCACACCUUUGUGAGCGACUGA